AAAAACCAAGUUUUAACCACCAACAUUUGGCUGCAAAUGUCUUGGACAGAUCACUAUUUACAGUGGAAUACAUCAGAAUAUCCGGGCGUGAAGAAUGUUCGUUUCCCAGAUGGUCAGAUUUGGAAACCAGACAUUCUUCUCUAUAACAGUGCUGAUGAGCGGUUUGAUGCCACAUUCCAUACCAAUGUGUUGGUGAAUGCUUCUGGGCACUGCCAGUACCUCCCUCCAGGCAUAUUCAAGAGCUCCUGCUACAUUGAUGUGCGCUGGUUCCCCUUUGAUGUGCAGCAGUGCAAACUGAAGUUUGGGUCCUGGUCUUAUGGAGGGUGGUCUUUGGACCUGCAAAUGCAGGAGGCAGAUAUCAGCAGCUAUAUCCCCAACGGAGAAUGGGACCUGAUGGGAAUCCCAGGCAAGAGGAGUGAGAAGUUCUAUGAGUGCUGCAAAGAGCCCUAUCCGGAUGUCACCUAUACAGUCACCAUGCGUCGCAGGACACUCUACUAUGGCCUCAACCUGCUCAUCCCCUGUGUACUCAUCUCAGCCCUGGCCCUGCUAGUGUUCUUGCUUCCUGCAGACUCUGGGGAGAAAAUCUCCCUUGGGAUAACAGUCUUACUCUCUCUUACUGUCUUCAUGCUGCUUGUGGCUGAAAUCAUGCCUGCAACUUCUGAUUCAGUGCCGUUGAUAGCCCAGUACUUCGCCAGCACAAUGAUCAUCGUAGGCCUGUCCGUCGUGGUGACAGUAAUUGUACUGCAGUACCAUCACCAUGACCCUGAUGGUGGCAAGAUGCCCAAGUGGACCAGAAUCAUCCUUCUGAACUGGUGUGCAUGGUUCCUGCGCAUGAAGAGGCCAGGGGAGGACAAGGUCCGCCCUGCCUGCCAGCACAAGCCUCGCCGCUGCAGCCUGGCCAGUGUGGAGCUGAGUGCUGCUGCAGGGCCACCGGCCACCAAUGGCAACCUGCUGUACAUUGGCUUCCGAGGCCUGGAGGGCAUGCACUGUGCCCCAACCCCGGACUCCGGAGUUGUGUGCGGCCGCCUGGCCUGCUCCCCCACACACGAUGAGCACCUUCUGCAUGGCGGCCAGCCUCCCGAUGGGGACCCAGACCUGGCCAAGAUCCUGGAGGAGGUCCGCUACAUCGCCAACCGCUUCCGCAGCCAGGACGAGAGUGAGGCGGUGUGUAGCGAGUGGAAGUUUGCAGCCUGUGUAGUGGACCGCCUGUGCCUCAUGGCCUUCUCGGUCUUCACCAUCAUCUGUACGAUUGGCAUCCUUAUGUCUGCCCCAAACUUUGUGGAGGCUGUGUCCAAAGACUUUGCAUAGCAGCACCGGUUCUGUACACAUAAGAAAUGCAAAGAUAGGCAAAAUCACUGGGUGGGAGAGAAUUCGGGAAGCUAAACCCUCCAGCAGCAUUUAAUGUGACAAUUCUGAGAUGUUGUAAUGGUUGUCUGUCCUGGUGGUUACAGUUUCCUGGUUACUUUCAGUCAUAGGAUCUUAGCA